GGCCAGAGGUCAGGAGGGAAGGAGCACUGAGCCGCGGAUCUGCGCGCGUCCAUGAGCAAGAGCAGAUGCCCUGCAGGCCUGAUGUCCUCUUCAGUGGCCCCGGCUAAGGACCCCGGUGCCAUGGGCCUCAGGGAUGUGGAGCUGGUCCUGAUCAAGGAGCAGAACGGAGUGCAGCUCACCAACUCCACGCUCAUCCGCCCGCCCCCUGGCCCCGUGGAGGCCCCAGAGCGGGAGACCUGGGGCAAGAAGAUCGACUUUCUCCUCUCGGUCAUCGGUUUUGCGGUGGAUCUGGCCAAUGUCUGGCGGUUUCCCUACCUGUGCUACAAAAACGGCGGUGGUGCCUUCCUGGUCCCCUACCUGCUCUUCAUGGUCAUCGCUGGGAUGCCCCUCUUCUACAUGGAGCUGGCCCUCGGGCAGUUCAACAGGGAGGGGGCAGCCGGCGUCUGGAAAAUCUGCCCCAUACUGAAAGGCGUGGGCUUCACAGUCAUCCUCAUCUCGCUGUACGUGGGCUUCUUCUACAACGUCAUCAUCGCCUGGGCGCUGCACUACCUCUUCUCCUCCUUCAGCACAGAGCUCCCCUGGGUCCACUGCAACAACUCCUGGAACAGCCCCAACUGCUCAGACGCUGGCCCUAACAACUCCAGCGGCGGCCCAGGCCUCAACGAUACCUUCGGGACCACACCCGCUGCCGAGUACUUCGAGCGCGGCGUGCUGCACCUCCACCAGAGCCACGGCAUCGAUGACCUGGGCCCUCCGCGGUGGCAGCUCACAGGCUGCUUGGUGCUGGUCAUUGUACUGCUCUACUUCAGCCUGUGGAAGGGAGUGAAGACCUCGGGGAAGGUGGUGUGGAUCACAGCCACUAUGCCAUACGUGGUCCUCACGGCCCUACUCCUGCGUGGGAUCACCCUUCCAGGAGCCAUUGACGGCAUUCGAGCAUACCUGAGCGUCGACUUCUACCGGCUCUGCGAGGCAUCCGUGUGGAUCGAUGCAGCCACGCAGGUGUGCUUCUCCCUGGGCGUCGGCUUUGGGGUGCUGAUUGCCUUCUCCAGCUACAACAAGUUUACCAACAACUGCUACAGAGACGCGAUCGUCACCACCUCCAUCAACUCCCUGACGAGCUUCUCCUCCGGCUUCGUUGUCUUCUCCUUCCUGGGGUACAUGGCACAGAAGCACAGCGUGCCCAUCGGGGAUGUGGCCAAGGACGGGCCAGGGCUGAUCUUCGUCAUCUACCCUGAGGCCCUCGCCACCCUCCCGCUGGCCUCCGCCUGGGCCGUGCUCUUCUUCAUCAUGCUACUCACCCUGGGCAUCGACAGCGCCAUGGGAGGCAUGGAGUCAGUGAUCACCGGGCUCGUCGAUGAAUUCCAGCUGCUGCACCGGCACCGUGAGCUCUUCACACUUGCCAUCGUCCUAGCCACCUUCCUCCUCUCGCUGUUCUGCGUCACCAAUGGUGGCAUUUACGUCUUCACACUGCUGGACCACUUCGCAGCCGGCACGUCUAUCCUCUUUGGAGUACUCAUCGAAGCCAUCGGGGUGGCCUGGUUCUACGGCGUCGGGCAGUUCAGUGAUGACAUCAAGCAGAUGACUGGGAAGAGGCCUGGCCUGUAUUGGCGGCUGUGCUGGAAGCUGGUGAGCCCCUGCUUCCUCCUGUUUGUGGUCGUGGUCAGCAUCGUGACCUUCAGGCCCCCCCGCUAUGGAGCCUACAUCUUCCCCGACUGGGCCAAUGCCCUGGGCUGGGUCAUCGCCACGUCCUCCAUGGCCAUGGUGCCCGUCUAUGCGGCCUACAAGUUCUGCAGCCUGCCCGGGUCCUUCAGAGAGAAACUGGCCUACGCCAUCACUCCUGAGAAGGACCGCCAGCUGGUGGACAGAGGGGAAGUGCGCCAGUUCACGCUCCGCCACUGGCUCAAGGUGUAGAUGGAGCAGAGCAAGGACCCAGGUCAUCUCACCGUGGGAGAGACACCCACGAAGAAGGGAAACUGAGUCUCGGGCCAGAGG